AUGUCGACCAUAUCUUCUCCACGCCAAUCCCUCGCCUCCUCUAGAGCCCUUUCCCCGGGUCCAGCCUCCUCCCGCCCAUCACUCGAUGCCUUGAACACCAGCGUCAGCGGGGGGCUCAGCGCCGCAUCUACCCCAUCCACUGCACGAGCUAUUUCCCCCUCACUCCAUCCCCGACGCAAUCGAAGUGCCUUGCGAGACUAUUACAAUCUCAAGCCACCUGGGGCGGGCACAUCUGCCUCCCGGGACGCAUCUCGCACUCGGAGUGAAGCAGGAGACAUAUCCGACCCAGCCAGUCUAGCGUCAGGGACGGAGCUCGACAGUGCAAACUUCGACCCGCAGCGGUAUGUCGAGCACCUAUUGUCAUCGUCGUCGCUGUCUACGGUGCUCAAGGCGGAGAAUACGUUGGUUGGGGAUAUCCGCACUCUCGACGGAGAGCGGAAAGCGCUGGUCUACGAUAACUACUCGAAGUUGAUUCGCGCUGUGGAGACAAUUGGGAAAAUGCGGCGCAGUAUGGAUGAUCGCGGUGCGCCGUUGACAAUGACGAAAACGCUGGGUCCGGCUAUUGCUUUUGUUGCUGAGACUGCCAGUGGGCUUAUUAAAGAAGGCGAGGAGCAACGGCGGCUGAUGAAGGAAGCCAAGCUGGAAGAUGGGACUUCGAGCAAGAAGAGUGAGAAGGAUACUGUUCGGUGGGUGCUUUCUUCACCGCAGAGAUUAGAGAAGCUUAUGGCGGAGGGUAAAGAGGAGGAUGCGCAAAAGGACUGGAAAGAGAUCCAGCAUUUACUCGACGCUUGGGGUGAGGUCAAGGGGGUUGCUGAGGUUCGGACAGCGUGUGAGAAAGUCAUGAACCCGGCACGCAACGAUGACUGA